GUUACUCUUGCAAUUUGUAAUUCUGAUAACUCUUUUUACCAAAAGCGAGUCUGCAAAACGCCUAUGUAAAACAAAAUAUGUCCAACGAAGUCCUUGUAACAGGCGCUGCUGGCUUCGUCGGCCAGGCCCUCGUCAGUGCCCUCAUCAAAGCCAACCCCGCUACGACCCUUACCGUCACGGAUGUCGUCGAGCCCCCAAUCCCGAUCGACGUGGCCGAAGAGAGCAGCCGGAUCAAUUCACUCAAGGCAGAUCUCACGGACUCACAGGCGGUGAGCUCCUUGCUCUCAAAACAGUUCGGCGCAGUGUACCUGCUGCAUGGGCUCAUGUCUGGCGGCGCGGAAGCAGACCUAGAUCUAGGGCUUAAGGUCAACCUUGACUCGGUUCGGAACGUCCUGGAUUAUCUCCGCAAGAACUACCCCGGAACCACCGUCGUUUUCACCAGUUCAUGCGCGGUUUACGGCCCCAGGCAACCAGUUAUCGAAAGCGAGACGGUGCCAAAACCCAAGACGUCAUACGGCACCGAGAAGCUCAUCGUCGAGUUGUUAGUGGAAGAUUACUCACGACGCGGGCUCAUCGACGGUCGGAUUGUACGCCUUCCCACUGUUACUGUCAGACCUGGUGCCCCGUCCGCUGCAGCAUCUAGCUUCGCCUCCGGCAUCGUGCGUGAGUCUCUGAAAGGCAUCAAAAACAUUUUGCCCGUCAGCCGUGACCUUGAGGUCUGGGUCUGCAGCCCCGCAACAGUUGUCAAGAACCUCAUUAAAAUCAAGGAUGUGCCUAAGGAGAGAUUCGGUGACUCGAGGGUCGUAAAUCUUCCUGGGAUUACGGUUACGGUUCAGGAGAUUCUCGACGCAGUAGAAAAGGUUGGUGGCAAGGAGGCACUGGCGCAGGUGGAGGAGAAGAGUGAUCCUAAAAUUUCGGCCAUUGUAAAUACAUGGGCGGCUCGUUUCGAUGUCAGUAGAGCGUAUGAGCUGGGCCUGGAACCUGACGGGUCGAUUUUAGACGCCGUUGAGGCGUUUGCGAAAACCUUGAAGGCAUGAAUGGUAGCUUCACGAUGGAUACAGUCAAAUGAUUAAUGAAACGAAUUUUCCCGUUUUAGUAGUGUAUUUGAAUCGCAAUAAAGCACGUCGAAAACUUUGUAUGUAGUCCUUCCGUAGUCGAACGUUGCGUCUUCCUCAUGUCCCAUUUUCAUCAAAUGUUUGGAAACAUCUGGGGUGAAAACACUUGACAAUCAACUUCGGAAUCAUAUUUAUAAGUGUAGCCAAUAG